AUGGUUAAAAAAUUGGGAAGUGGAAUACUUUUUUAUGAAAAAUAGAUUAUCAUUGAUAUAUCAAUUUUGAAAACGAAAAUUGUGGUGGAGGAUAAUAUUCUGACAAUUCACAUGAUUUUUUAGGUUCAAUUAAAAUUUGGAAAUGGAUUGAAUUGA